CGGAGCCCGGGACCGGAGUCAGACUUGCUUGGAUUCAACACUGCGAUCCCAACCAUGGGUUUGUCUGUAUCUACCCCUGAUGUUGCAGUUCAGACGUCAGAUCAUCAGACAGCAGCCCCGCCUUCGGGAUGCCCAAUGCAUGAAGGGAAAAUGAAAGGCGGUGCAGUGAGUGCCGAGCCAUCUGACCCAACCUGUGGGAGCAAAACGGACUCUGUGCCUGCGCACCAAGAACGCGCGUACGAGUACGUGCAGUGUCCCGUCACCGGCGCGAUGGCUGAGAAUAAGGAGAACCUAGAUCCUUCUAACCUGAUGCCACCACCUAAUCAGACGCCAGCCCCCGAUCAGCCGUUUGCACUAUCUACUGUGAGACAGGAGUCAUCUAUUCCGAGGGCAGAUUCAGAUAAAAAGUGGGUUUAUCCUUCCGAACAGAUGUUCUGGAAUGCGAUGUUAAGGAAAGGGUGGACAUGGAAGGAUGAGGAUAUUAGUCAGAAAGACAUGUAUAAUAUCAUUAGAAUUCACAACCAGAACAAUGAGCAGGCCUGGAAGGAAAUUUUGAAGUGGGAAGCCCUUCACGCUACGGAGUGUCCUUGUGGUCCAUCACUGAUCCGGUUUGGAGGGAAAGCGAAAGAGUAUUCACCAAGGGCGAGAAUUCGUUCCUGGAUGGGGUACGAGCUGCCUUUUGACAGGCACGACUGGAUCGUCAACCGUUGCGGGACAGAAGUCAGAUACGUCAUUGACUACUACGAUGGUGGCGAGGUCAACCACGACUACCAGUUCACCAUCUUGGACGUCCGGCCGGCUCUGGAUUCGCUCUCGGCCGUGUGGGACAGGGUGAAGGUCUCCUGGUGGCGCUGGACUUCCUAACCACUGCUUUGUCAGACAUGGGAAUAUAUAAACUAUUUUUUUUUUCUGAGCAAUACAUUAAACUACUUUCCCCAAACUGAAUUGCACUCCUGAUAUAAUGGGAGUGUCAAGGGGGUCAUCACACCUUACAUGUCACUUAGCAGAGGGCACUCUGCACGUGCUCUUCUGAGCUCUGUUUCCACCUUGCAGUUGAUACUGCAUCAUUUUAAGUCGUCUUCCCAUUUAGAGAAGUGGGAAGCACUCCCUGUAGCAUUGCCUGUGUAUUUAAUCUAGAAAAGUCUGAACAACCUCCGAGAAAGACCUUUGCUUAAAAUAUGAAGAGAGCUGCUUUUUUCCUCCCUGUUUUCUCUUACAUACUGACACGUAGAUCUGAAAGCCCACGGGAUGCUCAGGAGCUCUGACCUGGUCCACUGUUUCAAUUAAAAGUGUUCUGUUACGCUUUUUAAAAAGUCACCAACAUUUCUAAAGUCCCUGCGAUACAGUAGUGACCCCUGAAGGAAAUGCAGUCACACACUGGAAAUGCGCUCAGCCAGACUGAAGUGUGUCUGGCUCUGCACAUUUUCGCUUAUGUGACUUUUUCACACUGGACCUUGAUCUAGAAUAAUUUCAGCUCCCCCAUGACUUGAUGAUGCACGUGCAUUGGAGUAUAUGUUUUAACUUUUUAAAUAUUUUUGUUUUAAUUCCAAUUGUUCUGAUAUGUAACUCUGCCCGCCCCCCGCAAGCGGGCCUCACUGUACUGGCAUUUGACAACUUAAUCCCACCCUUGAGUCCCAUUCCUUCCCCUGCCUGAAGCCCUUCUCUGCUUGGCCUCAUCUGAACCAUGAAGGUCUGGCUGAAGUCGCAGUGCUGGGGACAGUCCCACUCUAAAACACGAUUAUAUUUUGUCCACUGUUGUUAGAAUUCACAAGGAGAAUGUUUUUCCCAGAUGUAGAAUGGUUGCACCAACUCACUGUCUCCGUUCACAUUUGUUUUUUUAAGGGAGCUCUAAGUUUGCCAUUGAAAUUCUUUAUACCAGUAAUCCAUACACUGGUUGUUCAACUUACAGCAGCAUGUUACAGAUGACUGUUGGUGGUGGUUUGGGGUUUUUUUUUAAAGUGUUAAUAAUAUGAACUCCUUUCAUUUGAGUGCUGUAGUGUUAAAUUAGUAGAUGGACUUAGCAGUUUGGAGUGAUCCAUUUGGUAUGAAUUUCAUUUGUCUCUUUUGUGUGGAGUUUUAAAAAUCCAACAACCCUAAACUCUUCUACAUUUCAAAAUACUUGUGUGUUUUCAAAGAUAAUAAAGCUGAUAGUUAACAGGUUUUGAAAAUC